CACCACAAUGCUCUCUCUUCAAACCCUAGGGUCAGAAGUUCUUCUUUUCGGAAUUAGGGUAGGGGUUCUCCUGCUUCGACUGAGAUGAUCGGCGCACUUUUUCCUUCUUCGAUCUUUUAAGAAAAUUGGUUUCACAGAGCACCACAGUUUUUUAAGCCAGCUUUUUCUGCUGUGAAGUGGAAACUCUGAUUACGGAGUAAUCCAGAUAAAGGACCAUCAGCAACUAAAUCACCAUGAAGGCACUCAUCCUUGUAGGUGGCUUUGGGACUCAACUGAGGCCCUUGACACUCAGCAUGCCAAAGCCACUUGUAGACUUUGCCAACAAGCCAAUGAUUUUGCAUCAGAUUGAAGCCCUUAAAGCUAUUGGAGUAACAGAAGUUAUCUUAGCCAUCAAUUAUCAGCCACAGGUCAUGCUGAGAUUUCUAGAAGAGUUUGAAUCAAGGCUUGGGAUCAAGAUCACCUGCUCUCAAGAAAAUGAACCCUUGGGCACUGCUGGCCCUUUGGCCCUUGCAAAGGAGAAAUUGCUUCAGGAGGCUGAGAAGCCAUUCUUCGUGCUCAACAGUGAUAUCACAUGUGAAUACCCAUUAAAGGAGAUGCUUGAUUUUCAUAAUGCUCAUGGAGGUGAAGCAUCAAUCAUGGUAACCAAGGUGGCUGAACCAUCAAAAUAUGGAGUUGUAGUUUUGGAUGACAAUUCAGGAAGGGUCAAGAAAUUUGUUGAGAAACCAACAGUAUUUGUCGAUAACAAAAUUAAUGCAGGCAUAUACCUAUUGAACACCUCUGUUCUCAAUCGAAUUCCACUUAGUCCCUCAUCAUUAGAGCAGCAAGUUUUCCCUGCCAUUGCCAAGGAAGGACGCCUAUAUGCCAUGAUCUAUGAUGGAUUCUGGAUGGAUGUUGGGCAGCCCAAGGAUUACCUUGCAGGCCUUAGAUUAUAUUUAGACGAUCUAAGAAGGAAAUCAUCAUUGGACCUUGCCAUUGGGCACAACAUCAUUGGGAAUGUGUUGAUCGAUGAGAGUGCAAAGAUUGGUGAAGGGUGCUUAAUUGGACCUGAUGUGGUGAUUGGUCCCAAUUGUGUGAUCGAGUCAGGGGUGCGGCUGUCAUCAUGCACCCUGAUGAAGGGGGUGCAGGUGAAGAGAUCAGCUCAUGUGUCGGGCAGCAUCAUUGGAUGGCAUUCAACAGUUGGGGAGUCAGCUCAAGUUAGCAGCAUGGCAGUGCUUGGAGAGGAUGUCCACGUCGGGGAGACUGUGUUCCUUAAUGGAGUUGUUGUCCUGCCUCACAAAGAGAUCAGGUCACAUUUUGUGAAGCCCGAGAUUGUAAUGUAAAGCAAACACAAUCCACAAACCAAAGUAUUAAAGUGAUUCUAAGUUCCCUUCUCUAUCUAUUUUAAUGUUGAUGACAGAGAUUUCCAUGCAUGCAAGGAAAUUUUUAUAAUGUUUAAAAGGUCUAUCUAUAUUUAAAGCCUUGUAAUCUACAUGUCUGUGUUAAGUUGUCAAAGAGUAGGCAAAGCUGUAUGAGAAGGAAAUCUUUAUGUUCUAGUUGUUGUUUACCUCUUAUCAUUAUCGAAAGAUGUUUUGUGGGGA